GGCCUCUGCAGGUGGUGCAGGUGUGGAGGCCGCCGAGGAGCUGGCAAAAGCAACAGGUGUGUGUAUGAGAGUCCGUCCUCGGAGGACAGAGAGACCCGUAGUCAGCGUGCUGGAGGACAAGACAGGCGGGACGUGAUUGGCUUGUGGCGGACAUGCGGAGGUCUUCAACCCGGCGGAUUGCCUCCUCCCCCGGUGGGCAGCAGAAAGGAUCACUCGGUGCUCCAGGCAAAACAACCUGGACUGGGCCAGCUUUAAUUUACAAAGCAAUGGCUGCUAUAUACUCAGGGAUCCAUCUGAAGCUGAAGAGUCCACAGACUUCGUGGGAGGACAGGUUGAAGCUGGCCCGGUUUGCCUGGAUCUCCUCCCAGUGUCUGCUUCCCAACAAAGAGCAGGUUUUGCUGGACUGGUGCGCCCAUGCCCUUACAGUCUGGCACAAUAAGAAGGUGGUGUUCUCACAGGAUGUCUUGGAAGGCUUAUGGUGUUAUCUGGAUGAAGUAGUUCACAGUCGGAAGCUACAUUUGUAUGUCAAAGAGGGAAAGACUGUAACUCUGAGGCUCAACAUGGCACAGUUGCUGCUCGACCACCUGCAGGACUGCACACAAGGUCGGCCGCCGGUGUGUUUGUCCACCAUAGUCAGUGUGUGUCAGGGGAUUCUGUCUUCUCCUGCUCUUUCAUCUGUAUUUACAACAAAGUAUGAACUGAUGGUCACUCUGCUGGCCAAGUUCUGCUUGUCGGCCUGCCGUGAGAUACAGAAGCAGUCACCCAAAGAACGUCAAAAUGACGCUAAAAGGGAACAUCUUCAGACUGAACCUGCUACCAGUCUGGAGAUCAUUGAUGAAUCCAAGAAAACAAUUCCGUCGGCUCUUCUUUUCGAAGUCUUGCUUCAGGUGCUGUCUUGUUAUUUAUCAGUGCAGCGACAACAAGCUAACCCAAACAGAGUCUUCACUCUGGUCACCAACCAACUUAUCCAGCCGUUGGUGUUGCUCAGGUACCUGCUGACCUCUCAGGAUUUUGUUCCUUACACACACCAUAUCCGUCAGCCGCUGCGCAGAGAUGUCCGCAUCAAGAUCGACUCCAUCCUCCAGUUAGCUCUGUUCCCCUCCGAGCAGCUGGCAUCAUACAAGGCAGAGCUCUUCCCACCCAAAGAGAACUCUGGGAAACGUGGUUCUGCUGGGACAAAGGGGCCCCUGAAGCCGGUCACUGCGUUGCUUUCCAAACUGAAUGCGCAGGAUUACUGUGACCUGUCUCUGUGCUACCCCGUGAAGUCCGACACCUUGCCUCUAAUUUUCAGAUUUUUUCUGGAAAGCUACGGGAAAGGAAAAGGAGAGAACGAGGAGGAGCAGAGGAUGUUGUGUUUCUACUUUCUAGCCAGGCUGGUCCCGAUAUUAGAUCUUCAGGUUGAUGGACGCUCAGUUUCCCAUGAGCAGAAAUCUCCAGCCUCCUGUUCCCCACAGAGCUGGAACCAGGCCCUGCAGGCUCUGGAGUCUCUGUUAAGCCAGGCUUUGUCAGCAGAUAUCUAUAACAUAGCUGCAGACAGGAUAAGACAUGGGGAUCUCCAGCUCAUUUUUUACAGAACCGUGGCCCAAACACUCCUUAAUGAAGCACAGCCAAGCAUACCGUCCUGGUACCGGUGUUUAAAGGUGCUUCUGAACCUCAACCAUCUGAUUCUUGAGCCAGACUUGGAGCAGCUGCUAUCCUCAGCUUGGGUAGACGCUGAAAACAUGGAAGCACAUGUGCAACGGGCCAGACAGCUCAUGGUGUGCAGUCUCCUCCAGACCUACACUAAGCUCCGUCAGCUGCCUCAUCUCUUCUCCUCGCUCCUCUCUGUGAUCUGUCGGCCAGUUCUGGUUGAGCGCCGCCCUCCUCUGCUCUCUGAGGGCAUAUCUGCGUCUCUUAGGACUUGCCUUCUGGACUCAUCACCUUUUCAAGUCCUGGAAAUCAGCUCAUUAGUGUUACAGAACAUCACGACCCAUUUACAGCCUGACUUGGUGAGCGAAGAAGGAGACGGAGAGGCGAUGGAGGUAGAUGGAGGACACGGACACAUGAGGAAAGAAGCGGCAUCUCUAAAGUUGUCCAGCCUCUGUCAGCUGCUUCAUGUUGUUUUAUUUAACCUGAAAACUCUGGAUAAUUCUUCUCCGGUUCUUCUUGUCAGGCGAAGCAAAGGAUUCAUGGAAGAGAUGCAGCAGACUAUCAAAGACCUGUUAAAUCUGUCUUUGAAACUAAAUGUGACUUCUGCUCAGAGGACUCCAAAAAAAGGCAAAAAGAAAGAGUUAAAAGCAUCCCUCUGGGAACAGAAGACCCAGGAGGCUGCUCUCCUGCUUAGAUAUACUUGGGUGGAAGUGGACGUUCUCUUCCACAUCCACUGCAGCAAAUACACGUCUGUGGACUCAUUCCUGAUGGCCACUGAGGACGACGCUGAGGCCUCUCCUCUCCUAACCCACUUGGAGACUCUUUUAUCAGGUGCAAUCCUACCAGCACGUCUCCAUCCAUCUCCAUCCUGCAGCCCAAUGAACUGUUUGCUGCUCAAACUCCUCACCCUGCAGCAGAUGAAAAGGGUUUUACUGGAUAACGCUAUACUGGGUGAAAGCAACACCACAGCCCAGCUGAAGAGGGCAGUACAGUUCAUCGUAGCCAAGUCAGAGCUCGAGGGGGGACCUGUCGGAGAGCAUGUGUGGGACGGUCAGAUAGCCAGUGUAAAUGGCAGCACAUACCCUGUUGCACAUUGGUAUAUUGUUGUGUCAAAUUUACCUCUGAUUGUUCUCUAUCUGAGCGAAGAAGACGCCAGCCACAUUGCCCAUGUGUUGGUGGGCUCGUUGAUACACGGAGACGUGGAAAGAGCCAAAGAUCAGCCACCUGAUAGUCUGAGUUUCUCCUCCAUAUCCUCACAGCUUGCUCUGAGCAAAGUUUUUCCAGAGCUGCCCUCACUGUUCUCUGCUACAGUUCGCUCCAUCGCACAGAGGAUUGUAAGCGUACUAAGAUCAGGAUGUACACCCAAAGCUUGUUCUUCGUUUCUGAUGAAAAAGACUGGAUCAGUUUCUUCAGACAUCAAUGUCUGUCAGCCUGUUUUCUCACCGCUGAUCAUUGAAGCCCUAGUUAAGGAUAUCUCUGCUUCUUCUAAAGCUGGAGAAAUGUUCGUCCUGCUGACAGACACAAAAACCAAGGAGCUUCUAAACUUGAUCCAGAUCUUGACAAACCUGAAUCCAGACGGGAUGAACUCUGAAGAUCUUUCCUCCAUCUUCCUCCUCCUCAUCUUCAUGUUUACUUCCAUGCAGCCAGAGCAGACGGUUGUGGAGCCUCUUGAAUCCGGAGCUGCUUUGUUCUUUGGGAAGCUUCUCCGGACUCUGACUUACCUCCUUAAGGGAAACAACUUCCAGAGUGUUUUGAAGCAUAUCCACGGCGGUACCGUUCUGCAGACUGUGCUGUCAUCUCUCCUGCGGCACAGCAGCUGCAGAAAACCUACAGCCACAAUCCACUCUGAUUGGCUGGAUUUUGUCAGUGCAGCACAGGGCUUCAUAGAAUCAUUGGUGCAGCUGAUUAUAACCAGAAAUAGCAGUGUUAGACUCAACCUGGACCAGUUUGCUUCCUAUUUAACCAGUAAGGAAAUGGUAAGUAGGCAAAAUGAGCUGCCCAGUUCUGGAGCAUCCAUGUUGUCGGUCCAUCUUCUCCUGGCCUCUCUGACCUCCUUCUCCCAAGCAAUGAUGUCUAACUUGGGAAGAAGCAAGGCAAUAGAUCAGACUUUAACAGAAAUACUCAGGAAGACAACUUCUGUACUGGGACCUGCUGUCGAGUCUGCCCUAAAGCCCCAAAGUGCCUUUUUCGAGGCAGUAACCGAGCCAGCCAGCGCCCUAGGUCAAGCCUUUGUUGUGGAGGUUGUGACGGUGAUGCUGCAGAGUGAACUGGCCUCGAUGUCCUUGCAGCUGGAGAACAAGCAGAUAACCUUGACUCACAUGAGCCUUUAUCAGACCUUCUGCCAGCAGAUUCUUAGAGAAAUGAGCUCGGCUCCGAGGCCCAUGGACUUCCUGGUCUGCUCGCUACAUUUUCUUUCAGCUUUUUAUAAAGCGACUGAGAGGAGGGUAGAGGAGAAGGAGAAAGGAGAGGAGCUGGAGGAGCUCUAUGUUGAGAUAAUACAGAAUGUGAACCGACUCCUGACAGCCCCUUGGCUGUCAACUACUGAUGCUGGGAAGCUGGAGCCAGCAGUGCAGGAGCUGUUGCACCACCUGGUGGAGAAGAAUACGACAAGUCAGUUCAAUAUGCUUCUGUUGAUGAUCAGAGAUGGCCUGGAUGUUCGCAAGCUGAGGGCAGGAAACUGGAAGGAGGUGCUGUCAGCAGUAAUUACUGUUAAGCUGCUGUCCAGCUGUCAGCUACCGGAGAGCUGCUCGAAAGCUCUGUGGCUCAUCGCUCCACAGAUCAUUUCUGCCAUGGGGUUUUUGGUGAGAUCGUCCAGCCUGGAUCCCUCUCUGACCCUCCCUUUCACAGUUCCUAUGGUGACGUCACUGACGGCAUUGCUGCGCCAAGGGGAGGGGCUCAUUGCCAACCCUCAACAUGUGAUUCUGGUCCUUGGAGCGCUGCAGUCGCUGCCUCUCGACCACUUGAGCCCAACUGUUUAUAACGCUUCAUUCCUGGCCAUCCACGAGGCACUGUUUGCCAUCAUCAAGUGUCACCGGCAGGUGAUAUCCAAGGCAGCUCCAUCCUUCUUAAAUGUCUUCUAUCGGCUGGUGGCAUCUAUCAUGCAGGAGGGUCGGCAGAGAGGGGACACUGACUCAGGUGUGGACAGUGACGUUUAUUUGCAGUGCUCCAGACUGACUGAGAGGAUGUACUCUCACAUUGCUGCCACACCCGAAAGCUUCACUGCAUUGCCAGCCUUUAUGGUGGCUCAGUACGUCACAGAGCUGCAGAAGGUUACUCUGCGACCAGACGUCAAGCUACAUCUGACUGAGGGCAUCUACUGCAUAAUGGACCUGUGCAUGGAGCAGGAUAUCAAGUUUCUGAGAGCCAGCCUGCACACAGGAGUCAGAGAGGUGUUCAACGAGCUGCACAGCAACUACAUCCACUACCACAAAACACAGAGGCAGGGAGAGGACAAGUACACCGUCUGAUUUACCCAAAACAACCCGAUUGAAAACAAAUUGGGAUGUGCAAAAAGUUGAAAAGGUCACUGAAGACUUCGUAUUGUUAACAGCCUGACAUUAAGAUUUUUUUUCUUUUUCUUUCAAGCACAACAGUCAACAGAAAUCAGCGUCACAGCAUCACGUGUAUCAAGCUAUCAGGCCUGUAAUGUAGUUGCUUUAGAAUAGAGCUGAAAUAGAGAUUUUUGACUGCAGCAGCCUAAAAGACAUAAAGGUAGCUCUGUUUGGAUAUAGCCUGCAGUGUAAGCACCCAGCAUGUGACCGGCUGAGGAUGUAGAGGCUACGUGUGGAGUCACGUAGACUAGGGAUCCAUGCUAUAUCUGCAUUUACAUCGGUAUCAGCCUAAGUUAGUCAUUUUUAACACAUUCGUAUUGGUCCCGUAAGUAAAACUGGGUUGAUAUUAAUAAACAAUGUUUCCUUCCAUCUUGUUGCUGUUCGUGUAUGUUUUCUCGAAGGGUAGGGAAGUGGCCGUGUUUGUUUAGGGAUGUGACAGUAAGCAACGCAUCACUGUGGGGGGUUUAACUGAAGCAGAGAAGUAAUAUAAGCAGUAUGCUCGUUUUUUCAGUGUCAUAAAGGCUGGGAAAUAUAUAAUAUCAGUAAUGAGCAGUUAUUGGCCAAAAUAGGAAUAUUAACGUCGGCCCAGAUUUUCAUAUCUGUGGACCCCUAACGUAGACCCCACAUACUGUUUCGACUUAAGGAUUCUUCUGUAGGACCACCUCUAGGGAAAUCUGUAUAAUUUUUUUAAGGUAUGUAAUUGUCAUUGAAUGCAAAAAUAAGUGUAUAAAUAAAUUUCAAUUAUGUCUUU